GGAAGAAGAGACCAGAAGGGGGUCAAGGGCAAGCCAAUGGAGUUGGCAUUUAAUGUAGCAGUACCUGGGAACCACGGUAUUCUCGUAGCAAACAUUAAAGCAGGGGGUAAUAAAAAGAGGAUACAAGAGUGAAUCUUGCAGUACCGCUGGGCAGGAAACAUGGGCAGAUAGACGGAGGUCAUGUGUGACUGGUGAACGGGCUGUGAAUUUCAGCUUUCGGGGGGACACUCGAGAAAGAGCAGCCACGUGUGAACCUGAGCGUUGGAUGUGAACACACGGGAGGGAGGACACUAGCACGGGGAACACGGGAAGAGGGAAGCUCUGUCCUUGCUGUACUUGUUUACAGAUGUUAGGUCGAGGGCAAGAGUGACAGUCAGGUGGAAACGGGGAGCUCAGGUGAGAGGUGGGGCAGAGACUGAGUCACCUACACUGGGGUGAGUCAGUGAGCUUGGCCCGUCAUAAGCGUAGAACGUGGACCUAAUUACAAGCCCAAAAUAGAGGACAAAUGGAACAAGGAAGACCAGGAGAUCCAGAAGUACCCGAGAAACAAAACAAAACCCGCUGCAAUUACUGAUAUUUAUAGUCCCAGUUCGUUCAGCCACCUGUCAAGUUCUCAGAAACUCUUAUCCCAGGUGGGGUUGUCAAGGACGCGUCCUUGGGUAGAAAUCUGAGCCACUGAAUUCCAGAUGUGCUGGGUGUUCUCUGGUGUAGAGGUGGGGCGCGACACAAGCGACACAGCCGAAGUAGAGGAAAGCACACUUUUUGGGGGCACUGUGGGCUACAGAGCCGCGAUGGGUACCGACGAUCGCUACACGGACCCCACAGCGGCAGUCAUGGCAAGUUCCCAAAGAGGGGUACGGCCGUGCUCGGCAGAGGCGGGGAGAGGGCAAGGCAGAUCCGCUGGGGAGAGGGCCUGCGGGGCCUGCGCCGCCGGGUUGGAGCCGGCUCCCUCCUCGGCGUUCCCGCCGCGUGGCUCAGCGCCGGGCGCGGCGCCCGGCAGGGGCGGGGUCACGACUCUUGAAGUGAGUGGGCAGAAAGGCCGUUGGGGGAACGGGCAGGGGCGGGCCGACCCCACCCCCGGGCCUACUACAUUUCCCAAGAUCCAGUGCUCUCCCGAAGACUGCGGCCCGGGCGCAGAGUGCAGAUUUGCGGCAUGGGAUUGGGAGUCAGGGUCCAGGUGUUGCCCUAGUGGACGCUAGUGGGGAGAUCUUCAGCGAUUGGCUAUCGAACACUCUAGCCUCGCCCUUCAUUGGUGACGUCAGGCAGCUGUCUGGCUACUUAAGGCGUCGCAGUCUCCCCCGCCCCGCCUUAGCUCCCGCGCUAGAGAGAAACAUGUAUCGUUUCCGAUCACAGCUCUUCACGGGGAUUUCUGCUGCCGCCGCUGCCCACUCGUACCCCCGUCGCUUCUCGCCUCUGUUGUUAGCCGAAGACUCGCCUCUCAGCCGCCCGACGCACAGACGCACGAGUAGAAAGUGCAGCUCCAUCGGCUGAUCUUCACUGAGCUCCCAGUUUAGGCGGCACCGGGCGUCCCACGAUGCCGAAGAAUAAGAAGCGGAACGCUCCCCACCGCGGUGGCAGUGGUGGCGGCGGCGGCUCAGGGGCAGCCGCGGCGACGGCGGCGACAGCAGGUGGCCAGCAUCGAAAUAUUCAACCCUUUAGUGAUGAAGAUGCAUCAAUUGAAACGAUGAGCCAUUGCAGUGGUUACAGCGAUCCUUCCAGCUUUGCUGAAGAUGGACCAGAGGUCCUUGAUGAGGAAGGAACUCAAGAAGAUUUAGAGUACAAAUUGAAGGGAUUAAUUGACCUAACCUUGGACAAGAGUGCGAAGACAAGGCAGGCAGCUCUUGAAGGCAUUAAAAAUGCACUGGCUUCCAAACUGCUCUAUGAAUUUAUUCUGGAAAGAAGAAUGACAUUAACUGAUAGUGUUGAACGCUGCCUGAAAAAAGGGAAGAGCGAUGAGCAGCGUGCAGCCGCAGCGUUGGCCUCCGUUCUCUGUGUUCAGCUGGGCCCCGGCAUUGAAAGUGAAGAGAUUCUAAGAACUCUGGGGCCCAUCCUAAAGAAAAUAAUCUGUGAUGGAGCAGCUAGCAUCCAGGCCAGGCAAACUUGUGCAACUUGCUUUGGUGUUUGCUCUUUUAUUGCCACAGAUGACAUUACUGAGCUGUAUUCAACUCUGGACUGCUUGGAAAAUAUUUUCACCAAGUCCUAUCUCAAAGACAAAGACGCCAAUGGUAUUUGCGGUGCCCCUUCCACAGUGCUCCAUAUCAGCUCGCUGCUCUCAUGGACGUUAUUGCUGACCAUAUGCCCAAUCAGUGAAGUGAAGAAAAGGCUGGAGAUGCAUUUCCAUAAACUUCCAAGCCUGCUUUCUUGUGAUGAUGUAAACAUGAGAAUAGCUGCUGGUGAAUCCUUGGCGCUUUUGUUUGAACUGGCCAGAGAGAUGGAGAGUGACUUUUUUUACGAAGACAUAGAGUCUUUGACCCAGGUGCUGAGGGCUUUGGCUACAGAUGGAAAUAAACACCGGGCCAAAGUGGACAAGAGAAAGCAGCGCUCCGUGUUCAGAGACGUCCUGAGGGCGGUUGAGGAACGGGAUUUUCCAACAGAAACUGUUAAAUUUGGUCCUGAACGCAUGUAUAUUGAUACUUGGGUCAAAAAACACACUUAUGACACCUUUAAAGAGGUUCUUGGAUCAGGGAUGCAGUACCACUUGCAGUCAAAUGAAUUCCUUCGCAAUGUGUUUGAACUUGGACCUCCGGUGAUGCUUGAUGCUGCAAUGCUCAAAACAAUGAAGAUAUCUCGUUUCGAAAGGCAUUUGUACAACUCUGCAGCUUUCAAAGCACGGACAAAAGCUCGAAGCAAGUGUCGCGAUAAGAGAACAGAUGUUGGAGAAUUCUUCUAGAUUUUUAGCACUUGAUGACUUUUUUCUAGUUUCUUUUCCUAUUUUUAAUGUAUAUAAGCCUUAGAGACAGUUUUUAUCUUAGGUCAAGUUAUCUCAUUUUUGUAGUGGGGAGGUGGAUUAUAUAUUCCUUCUAACUUAAUGUACAGUAUUGUAAAUGAUGAGUUCUGCUUAUUGAAUGUUCUCUAAAUAUAAUUAGUAAACAUGAAUAAGGUGUAAUGUUUGGUCAUGUUCUAUUUAAGAAACAAAAAGAUUGCAUUUCACUUGAUUUCAUGUUGAAGACAGUUUGAUUUCUUAUACUGUGCUUAUCAAAAUAGUGGCGAUUUUAAUGAUACAAGAACAAGAUCAUUAACUUAGUGUCUUACAGAUUUGGAUACAAGUUUUAGGAGCUAGUUCUCGGGGAAAGCUGCUGUAUUUUAAAUUUUAAAUGGACUGUACCUAUUUCAGUUUUUUCACUGGGAUAAACAGAGGAAUUAUACACUAAAAUUUGCAAGCGCUACACUUAAAGGUCAUUAAUUAAUUUUCGGCUUCUGGAAGUUCGGGGCAAGUUAGCCUGGGCGGAAAGGUUGCUGAUCUGAACCUCUCAGGUAGUAAUACUCAUUUUAUCUGCAGUGUGAGAGGUUGUUCUUAUCACUUGGAAAUAAAGAUCUUUUCACACUGAAAGUGCUUGUUUUCUUAUAGAAGAAACAUUUUAAUAACUUAGAGGUAUAGAGUUCAAAAUACUCAAGCCAGGUAGGAAUGUUGUAUGUUUGAAAACUUUAAAAUGAAAUAAAUGUAGCAAUAUAAAACUGGCA